CACCUCGCCCAGCCCAGCCCAGCCCUGUUCCGCGUCCGUCCUAUCUACCCCGCCACCGCGCAAUCCCAACCAAACCCUAGCUAGCUCGCUCGCUCGCACGCCCCCCCAGAUCUCCUCGCCCUCCCAUGGCCGCUCCCGACCAACGGACCUCUAGCUAGCUAGCGAGCCGCGCGCCAGCAGAUCGGGGCCACAUGGAGGCGGCGGAGGACGCGGCCGCGGCGCCCGAGUCGUGGGAGACGGCCGACCUCGACGGGGCCAUGAGCCGCCUGCUCCUCUCCUCCUCCUCCUCCACCUCCGCGCGACGCGUCGCCUCCUCGCCGGACCUCGCCGACGACGACGACCACGACACGCAGGCGUUGACGGCCACGCAGGCUUCGCUGGCGCGGCAGGAUCCGGCGAGCGCCGACGAUCUCGUGUCGCAGGUCGACCAGUUCCUCCGGGAGGCGCUCGAGAAGCCCCGAGAGCGGCUAUCAGUGCUACGCAUGGAGCAAGACAUCCUCAAGUUCAUCCACGACCCUAGGCAGGCGCAGUUUGAGUUCCAGGGCCUUCCGACAUCGUACCUGCGUCUCGCCGCGCACCGUCUGGCGCAGCACUACUUCCUGCAGUCGAUCGCCAUGCCGGAUCCCAGCUUGCCCGAUGGGACCACCUCUCGGAUCAUCCUUCGCAAGACGUCCGCUGAAUGCCGCCUGCCCGUGAUCCGCCUAGCCGACAUUCCGGUGAACCUUCCUCAGGAAGAGACCAGCACCGUGGCCACCAAAGUAGCUAUCAAGCAAAGGCCCCAGAAGAACCACCAUGGUGGUGCAGGUGCAGGUGCUAACUUGUCCAGAGGCAACCUUCAGAAGAGCGUUGAGGAGAGGAAAGAGGAGUACAACAAGGCACGUGCUCGCAUAUUUAGCACCACUAGCAGUGGCAGUGAUGCGCCUGAUGGAAGACCGGUUGAGGAAGUCAUCUUGCCCAAUACCCUGCAUAGGUCCACUUCCUUGGAGCUGAACUCAAACACCCGCUACGCCGAAGUGUCUGAAGCUACCCUUGAAAGGAGUUUGACUAGCACAUCAUCUAGCAGCAGAUCAAAUAGAAGCAGGAUUGACAAGGAGCCCCCACUCAAUAGAGGCAGGCAAGGCAAUAAUAGGGUGGCAAUAUUUCGUGACCGUGACUCAGAACGCAAGGAUCCUGAUUAUGACAGAAGCUAUGACAGGUACAUGCAAAGAUUUGAUCCUAGUUUUGGAUUUAAUGGAGGCGCCUACACCAUUCAACCUCUGUAUGCUCCUGCUGUUACCUACAACACUGAGUUCCCCCAGCUUGGGUCACCACAAAUGUCUCCGGUUGCUGUGGAGCAGCCUCAUCCAAUGGCUCAGCACAUGCCUGGGCCCUGGUCACCGGCCCAAUCACCUAAUGCAAUUGGCUACAGGCCUGCAGAUGGUGUCAUGCCACCCUACAGUCCUGGUCAACCUGGUGCUCCUGUCAGGUCUUCUGUUUUCAUGCAUGCUUCCCAGCAAUAUGCCAUGCCUUCACGCCCAGGAGUCUCAUUUGUACAUCCACAGGAUUCCAUGCGACCAUUUGCACAGACUCACCAACAACAGCAAGCUGAAGCUAGUCUACGCCUAGCCCGGCCCCGGUGAGGGGCCUGGGCAUGCCUGCUCCUGCCAGCACACACUGAAUAUGCAAAUCAAAUCGGAUGAGGCAUCAUUCUCAUCUCUGGCUGGCAGGAGCAGGCAUGAAAUAACCGAGAGUCGCACGGCUGGGCCAGUCAUCUGCUUGAUCUUAUCAUGCUCGUGCGAUUCUCGGUGUGGAUCCUCCCUGCACUCCGUGAUGUUGGGAGGGGGCACCUAACUCCAUUGUCCGUGACGUAAACUGCAGACCGUUGCUUGGACCUCUCAAGUCCUAGCAUAGAAGAUGCUGAGAACUGGAGGGCAGAGCAGUCCUUGUCUGUCUUUCUUCUCGGUGCUGUGGCUCCUUGCAUACCAAGAUGUGAGAUGCAAGAGGGGCACAUGUUACGUAUGGCCCUUGGAACACGAGGGGCCCCGUUCCGUCAACAAGAGAGGAGAAUGGGCACAUGUUACCUAUGGCUCCUUGGAAGACGAGGGACACCGCUCCGUCAACAAGAGAAUGGGGCACAUGUUACCUGUGGCUCCUUGGAAGACGAGGGGCACCGUUCGGUCAACAAGAAAAGAGAAUGUGGCAAAUGUUGCCUAUGGCUCCUUGGAAGACAAGGGGCACCGUUCGGUCAACAAGAAAAGAGAAUCGGGGCAUCAAGUAUGUGGAUAGACAACCAAGACCUGGGUGCCCCAUUGGGAGUACCAGACCUGGCACUUGUUCUCCUCUGGCUCGGCUGAAGUUGCCCUGAUUGUGGCCCAGCUUCAGAUGGAAGGGUUGAGCCAUGAUUGCGGCCCAGCUUCAGACAGAAGUUAACGAAGCUGUAUCGCCUGCUGCCAGGGCACCCUUGCCUGCUCUCAGGGUCUGUGGAGAGAGCUGCAGAUGAUGACGAUGAAGAGUUUCUAGUCGUGAAUUUGUGUUGUUUUAAGUUUGCAACUUUAGCAUCAGUAGAGAGUAGCUAGUAUGUGUUGUACAUGAGCGUUUGUAGUGGUAAGUGAGUGGUGACCCAGUUUGUUUUAAACCAUGUCGUUAUGCUACAACCGGAGUAAGAUGGAUUAUGGUAUUACAAAGUCCCAGUCCCAGAUGAAUGUCAACAUGUUUGUGCCUUGGAAGUGAA